AUGACUGGACGAGUAAUUAUAGUAACUGGAGCUAAUUGUGGACUGGGUUUUAUGACAGCCAAAUUAUUAUGCGAGGGUGGAAACGAUGUGAUACUGGCCUGUAGGAACGAAGAGAAGGGAAAAGCUGCCGUUGAAACCAUUUUAAAAGAAAAUCCUAAUGCUUUAGCCACAUUUUUGAAGUUGGAUUUGUCUGACUUAUCGUCAGUGAGAACCUUCGUAGAAGAAUUCCGUAAACUGGACAAGAAAUUGAAUGUGUUGAUCAGCAAUGCUGGAAUUUACCCAGGAAAAUCUCUGUUGAGAUCUUUCACCAAAGAUAACUUUGAACUGACCAUGGGAACCAACCAUUUGGGCCAUUUCUUGUUGACAAACCUACUUUUGGAAGAUUUGAAAGCUUCAGCUAAAGAUACUGGUGAUUCUAGAAUUGUCGUGGUAACAUCUUCACUUCAUGAUACUAAAGUCAAACAUUUUAAUACUCAGCCUCUAAAUAUUGAUGAUAUUUUCCUGUCUGAAUAUGGAUCUUACAAUGCAGCCCAGGCUUAUAAAAACAGUAAACUGGCUAAUGUAUUGUUUACCUAUGAAUUAGCACGACAAGUAGAAGGUUCUGGUGUAACUGUUAAUGCUCUAUGUCCCGGAUUUAUCCCAAGUACCGAAUUGGCCAGGAAUUCUGCUGCUCCAAUGAAGUUUUUUACCCGAUAUAUCCUGGGUGGUUUAUUAAGAUUUACCAAGAUAACUCGUACUCUAGAGCAGGGAGCCAAAGCUGAGGUUGAUCUUGCCACUAAUGAUGAACUCAAAGGAGUGAAUGGUAAAUACUACAGCAAUCUACAGGAGAAGAAAUCUUCUGAAGAAUCCUUGGAUGAGGAACUCCAGAAGAAAUUCUUUGAGCUCAGUGCCAGGUAUUGUCACCUGGAUGGGUACGAGGCGCUUGAUGCACCACCUCCUCCCACCCCCGAAGAACUGAAAGGUUUGUUUUUUGCUAUCAAAUUUUUAUUAAGAGAGCUAUGA